AUUUUGCCAACCCUAGCGUAGGUCUUUAUUUUUUAUUCGCAUUUGUUUCGUUUAUUUCGUAGUGUAAAGGCAAUUUCUAGAAGUUUAAACAAAAAAAGCAUUGAAAACCCGUAACAAAAAUAUUGGCAAAUAUGCCGAAAUACUAUUGUGAUUAUUGUGACACAUAUUUGACACACGACUCGCCGUCGGUGCGUAAAACACAUUGUACGGGCCGCAAACAUCGUGACAAUGUUAAAUUCUACUAUCAAAAAUGGAUGGAAGAGGAGGCACAACACUUAAUCGACGCCACAACUGCUGCCUUCAAAGCUGGCAAAAUAACACAGAAUCCCUUCGCAGGCGGUCCACCAAAGCCCGGUGCGGCUGGUGUGGCCUUACCACCACCACCAAAUCUAGGUGGUCCACCAAGACCAGGUAUGAUGCCACCUGGAAUGCCUCCACCAAUGAUGAUGGGUCCACAUGGUGCUAUUCCUCCGGCAAUGUUGGGUAUGCGUCCGCCACCCAUGAUGGGUCCAAUGAUGGGACCUCCACCACCACUCGGAGCCAUGCCUGGUGUACGUCCGCCCAUGAUGAUGAGUGUGCCACCGCCAAAGUAAUAUAAUGACGACAAAGAAGGGACACGAUCUGGAUGCAAAAUACAUUGCCUAGUUUAGAGAGAUUGAGAACAUCAAAUUUGUAAUGUAUGUGUUUUAGUACAUAAUUCUUUUCUCAUAAUUUGUAUUAACCGAAACAAUUCAAAUAUAUUAUUUGGAAUAAGUAAAA